ACUGCUGUGGCCGUUUCGUGGUGGAGUUAAACCUCCGUCCCAGCGCUCAGGGCUUGACCCUUGGCUCUCGGCUUCCGACCCGGCCGCCUGCGUGCGGCUGCUCUGGAGGCUUCGCGGCCGGGAGCCGAGAGCGCGGGUCGCCAUGGCGACGCCGGCGGAGCUGGAGCGCUGGGUGCAGGAGGAGCUGCACUCAGUGCUGGGGCUGAGCGAGCGGCACGUCGCGCAGUUCCUCAUCGGGACGGCGCAGCGCUGCGCCUCGGCCGAGGAGUUCGUGCAGCGCCUGCGGGACACCGACACCCUAGACCUCAGCGGGCCCGCGCGGGACUUCGCCCACCGGCUGUGGAACAGGGUACCACGGAAGCCAGUGGUAGAAAAGCCAUCUCGGGUGGCAGAGCGAGAGGCUCGAGCCCUGAUAGAGAAAAACCGAUCUUACAAGUUGUUGGAAGAUAGUGAAGAAAGCAGUGAGGAAACUGUGAGUAGGGGUAAGAGCAGCCUCCAGAAAAAGCGUAAAAAACGGAAACACCUCAGGAAGAAACACUAUGAUGAGGAGGAAGAAGAGGAAGACAUUUCUGAAACAGGGAAAAGGAAGAAAGGGGAGGAUAAAGAGCAGACAAAGAAAGCAGAAUCGGAGGAUGAGUGGGAGCGGACAGAGCGAGAACGUCUUCAGGACCUGGAGGAACGUGAUGCCUUUGCAGAGCGAGUUCGGCAGCGGGACAAGGAUCGGACUCGCAAUGUCCUAGAGCGCUCAGACAAAAAGGCUUAUGAAGAGGCUCAGAAGCGCCUCAAGAUAGCUGAGGAAGACCGGAAAGCCAUGGUCCCUGAGCUGCGGAAGAAAUCCCGCAGGGAGUAUCUGGCCAAGCGGGAGCGGGAGAAGCUGGAGGACCUGGAGGCGGAGCUAGCUGAUGAAGAGUUCCUCUUCGGAGAUGUGGAGCUCAGCCGUCAUGAACGCCGAGAGCUCAAAUACAAGCGGCGAGUGAGGGAUCUGGCCCGGGAAUACCGGGCAGCCGGUGAGCAGGAGAAGCUGGAGGCCACCAACCGCUACCACAUGCCCAAGGAGACGCGGGGACAGCCUGCUCGAGCUGUAGACCUAGUGGAAGAGGAAUCGAGUGCUCCUGGGGAAGAGCAGCGGCGAUGGGAGGAGGCCCGGCUUGGGGCAGCAUCCCUAAAAUUUGGGGCUCGAGAUGCUGCCUCCCAGGAGCCAAAGUAUCAGCUAGUGCUGGAGGAGGAGGAGACCAUUGAGUUUGUUCGUGCCACUCAGCUCCAGGGUGAUGAGGAGCCAUCAGCUCCCCCUCCAUCAGCACAGGCCCAGCAGAAAGAGUCCAUCCAGGCUGUCCGUCGCAGCCUCCCUGUGUUCCCGUUCCGGGAAGAGCUCCUGGCUGCCAUUGCCAAUCACCAGGUCCUCAUCAUUGAAGGCGAGACCGGCUCUGGGAAGACCACCCAGAUCCCACAGUACCUGUUUGAGGAGGGCUACACAAAAAAGGGCAUGAAGAUCGCCUGCACACAGCCCCGGAGAGUGGCAGCCAUGAGCGUGGCCGCCAGAGUAGCCCGGGAGAUGGGCGUAAAGCUUGGGAAUGAGGUUGGCUACAGCAUCCGCUUUGAGGACUGCACAUCGGAGAGAACAGUCCUCCGCUACAUGACAGACGGGAUGCUUCUGCGGGAGUUCCUUUCUGAACCCGACCUAGCCAGCUACAGUGUGGUGAUGGUGGAUGAAGCUCAUGAACGGACCCUGCACACAGACAUUCUCUUUGGGCUGAUCAAGGACGUGGCUCGCUUCCGGCCUGAGCUCAAGGUCCUGGUAGCUUCUGCCACACUGGACACUGCCCGCUUUUCCACCUUCUUUGAUGAUGCCCCUGUCUUUCGAAUCCCUGGCCGCAGGUUUCCAGUUGACAUCUUCUACACCAAGGCUCCAGAGGCUGACUACCUGGAAGCCUGUGUUGUGUCUGUGCUGCAGAUCCACGUGACGCAGCCCCCCGGGGACAUUCUGGUGUUCCUGACGGGACAGGAGGAGAUUGAGGCUGCUUGUGAGAUGCUCCAGGAUCGCUGCCGCCGACUGGGCUCCAAAAUUCGGGAGCUCCUGGUGCUGCCCAUUUAUGCCAACCUCCCCUCCGACAUGCAGGCUCGCAUCUUCCAGCCCACACCUCCUGGGGCCCGAAAAGUGGUUGUGGCUACGAACAUUGCAGAGACAUCGCUCACCAUUGAGGGCAUCAUUUACGUUCUGGAUCCAGGGUUCUGUAAGCAGAAGAGCUACAAUCCCCGCACAGGCAUGGAGUCGCUCACUGUCACACCCUGCAGCAAGGCCUCAGCCAAUCAGCGGGCUGGGCGAGCAGGUCGAGUGGCUGCAGGGAAGUGCUUCCGCCUGUACACAGCCUGGGCCUAUCAGCAUGAGCUGGAAGAGACCACAGUGCCUGAGAUCCAGAGGACCAGCCUGGGCAAUGUGGUGCUGCUGCUCAAGAGCUUAGGGAUCCAUGACCUGGUGCACUUUGACUUCCUGGAUCCUCCACCCUAUGAGACCCUGCUGCUGGCCUUGGAACAGCUGUAUGCCCUAGGAGCCCUCAAUCAUCUUGGGGAGCUCACCAUGACUGGUCGAAAGAUGGCAGAGCUGCCCGUGGACCCCAUGCUAUCUAAAAUGAUCUUGGCCUCUGAGAAGUACAGCUGCUCAGAGGAGAUCCUGACGGUGGCUGCCAUGCUCUCUGUCAACAACUCCAUCUUCUACCGGCCUAAGGACAAGGUUGUCCAUGCUGACAAUGCCCGUGUCAACUUCUUCCUCCCUGGUGGGGACCACCUGGUUCUGCUCAACGUGUACACACAGUGGGCUGAGAGUGGCUACUCUUCCCAAUGGUGCUAUGAGAACUUCGUGCAGUUCAGAUCCAUGCGCCGAGCCCGGGAUGUGCGGGAACAGCUGGAAGGGCUCCUGGAGCGUGUGGAAGUCGGUCUGAGCUCCUGCCAGGGUGACUACAUCCGGGUCCGAAAGGCCAUCACUGCUGGUUACUUUUACCACAUAGCACGGCUGACGCGGAGUGGCUACCGCACAGUGAAGCAGCAGCAGACAGUCUUCAUCCACCCCAACUCCUCCCUCUUUGAGCAGCAGCCACGCUGGUUGCUCUACCACGAACUUGUCUUGACCACCAAGGAGUUUAUGAGACAGGUGUUGGAGAUUGAAAGCAACUGGCUUUUGGAAGUGGCUCCCCACUACUAUAAAGCCAAGGAGGUAGAAGAUCCCCAUACAAAGAAAAUGCCCAAAAAAAUAGGCAAGACACGAGAAGAGCUGGGGUAGAGAAAAGGACAAACGGAGAGGGACACAAACAGAACUUGAUACCAGCACCUUUCCUUUCUGUACAUUGUUUAAUAUCUAUUAAAUAAAAUUAUUUUUGAAUAAAGCUUGUGGGAACUUCUUGGAUGCCCAGAAAGUGACAUGA